AUGCACCUAACAAGCUAUCGAGAAGGAGCAAAUUCUUUGAUUGGUGUAUGGGUUUGUAUCGAAUCACUUCAUCCAUCCCAAACCAUCCAACCUUUGGUUGUAGGGAGUGAAAAAAAGGACUUGGCAAGAGUGAGGCCUUUAUUACUCUCGAACGUCAAAGACUCAAAAGUAUACGCUUUUGAAAAAUCAAAAGCCAGAUUUCAUCAUCCAAAGCAAAACGGGUUUCCUCUUCGGGUUUACUAUUCACUGUUUGGGUUUCGCACGAAGAACACCACCACUCUCAAUUCUCAAAUGGGUAUUUGUGUCGGAAAGCCAGCCAAUGUUGCUCAUGCGUCUUCUGGUCAAUUUCUUGACGAUAUGAUCAAUAACAAGGUAAAAUCGAGCUCAAAAGAUUCCAAGAAUCAGACAAAAACAGUCACCUUCAACAAAGUUUCAAAAGCACCCAGAGACCAAAAUCUCCCUAUCCCCAUUAACCUCAAAGCCUUUAGCUUGCAUGAUCUGAAAACCGCCACCAAAAACUUCCGACCAGAUAGCCUUCUGGGUGAGGGCGGUUUUGGUCAAGUUUUUAAAGGGUGGAUCGACGAGACCACCUUUGCUCCGGCCAAACCUGGCACCGGAUUAGUGGUGGCUGUGAAAAUACUCAAGGCUGAUAGCCGGCAAGGUCACCGGGAAUGGCUUACUGAGCUUGAGUAUAUGGGAAGGCUUCAUCAUAAAAAUCUGGUCAAACUCAUUGGGUAUUGUGAAGAAUGUGAAAACCGGCUUCUUGUGUAUGAGUACAUGCCUAAAGGAUGCUUAGAUAACCACUUGUUUAAAAAAAGUGUGCAACCGAUGCCGUGGGCCACACGGAUGCGGAUUGCCAUUGAUGUAGCAGAAGGGUUAGCUUUCUUGCAUAGUAAAGUACCCUGUAUCAUUUAUCGAGAUCUCAAGGCUUCUAAUAUACUCCUAGAUACGGAGUUCAAUGCGAAGCUUUCGGAUUUUGGUUUAGCUAGGAAUGGUCCUGUAGGUGACAAUACACAUGUUUCAACUAGGGUUGUUGGAACAAAUGGUUAUGCUGCACCUGAAUAUAUUGCAACAGGGCACUUGACUCAAAAAAACGACGUGUAUAGUUUUGGUGUGGUUUUAUUAGAACUACUAUCAGGAAGACGAGCCAUAGCCGAAGAAAGAGCCGGUGGAGUCGAAGAGACAUUAGUCGAAUGGGUUAAACCGUUUCUAAGUGACACCAAACGGGUCCUAAGAAUUAUGGACACACGGUUAGGUGGUCAAUAUUCAAAAAAGGGUGCACAAGCCGUGGCUGCACUCGCAUCAAAAUGUCUUCAUAAUGAUCAUAGGUUUAGACCACCUAUGGCUGAAGUUCUUGCUUCUUUACAAAAGAUUCAAAAUGUUCAAAAAGAGGUUGUUAGGGUUUCGCCUUGUAGGGAAGAAGGAAAGUUAGGGGGUUUGAAAGAGAUGAGUGGAGCUAUGAACUCGAGAUAGAAUGGUGUAGUUUUUUGUUUGUUAGAAAAUGGUAGAUAUAUGUAUCGAUAGAUAGAAAGUUUAUCGCAUGGUGUACGACUUUUUAUGGAUGAUGUAAUGGUUGAAACAAGUCGUUUUAAUAAACAAGAUACUUGUUUAUCAUCGAAGUGUUGUUUGCUUUCGAUUAUUUGAUACGUUUGAUUGAUUAAAUUACUCGUGAUUUAAUCUAGUAAUC